UUUCUUUACAUUAUUUUAUGAAAAUUGAGUGGGGCUUUUCCACCUUAAAAGGAAGAAUUUGAAAGAAAUUUUCUGUUUCACUUAUCAUUUCAGUUAAACAGUGUUUUGUCCAUUUUUUUUUUCCCGUAAAAAUGAUGUAAUAAUUUCACUGAUACAAUAAAUACUCGAUAAAUGAAAUAAUAAAGAUUUAACUGAUGUUAUUAUUCCAUGAAAACGGACAAUUUUUGGGAUUCAUAAUCAUAUGUACAUUUACCACAUUAAAAACCGUUUUGUCAAUCACAUUAACUUUCCAAAUGUACCUAAAAGUCAAAGAUCUUCAUAAUCUUCCUACUCCAUCAUAGUCCACACCAAUUUGACCACAUUAAACACAACCUCUCUAUAUAAACAAUAUCCCAUUGAGACAUAGUAGCAAGAUUACAACACACCUUGUUGUAGUCUCUCAUUUCUCUUUGAAAAAUGUCUUUCAACAACUACAUUUCCUUGGUAGCGAUUUUCCUUUUGGCCUUGAGUUCUUCCCCCUCAUCAUACUGUAACGCCCGACCGAUUCGGGGUUUGGAAAAUAAGAAGAAUGAUGAUCUAGGAGGAACUGGUACUACGGCCUGGCCAUUCCCCAUCCCAUUGCCACCUUUCCCUCAGCUUCCAUUCCCAUUCCCAUUGCCUCCAUUCCCAAGCAUUCCUUUCCCUGCUCCAACCCCUGGUGGCACGCCUUCAGCUCCCGGUAUUCCUGGAUUCCCCGGUAUCCCGGGAUUUCCAGGAAUCCCAGGUAUUCCAGGGAUCCCGGGAAUACCAGGGAUACCUGGAGUUCCUUCACCUCCCGGAACCCCUGGAACCCCUUCAGCUCCCGGAAUCCCUGGAUUUCCCGGAAUUCCUGGAUUCCCUGGAUUCCCAUUCCCCGGAAUCCCAUUACCGCCAUUUCCUUUCCCCAAUCCUUUUGCACCUCCGGGUCCGGUAUAAGAAGGUUUUUUUUAGCUGAUCGUCAGCCAGAUUAAUUCUAUGUCUGUUGUUUAUGUUCUAUCCGCUAGUGAUCGAUAUUGUAAUAAUGACAUAAAUGCAGAUUGUUUGGUUUAGCUUUGUAUUCUUUUUUUCCUUUGGGUUCAUUAAGAUCAUUUUAUUUUUAUGUACUGUAAUCUAGUUUGGAUCGAUAUUACAGCUUCAUCUUAUUCAAAAUGGAUCACCAAUGGCGACACAUUAAAUAUCG